UAUUAAUAAAUAAAAUAAUCCGGUCAGCUCCCCUGUCGUCCCCGCAUCUCAGAUCGUCAAAUGCUGACGAGAAAUAAUUGUUUGCUUUAUGAUUUCGCCUUUCUACUCUCAUUAGUCUGUUAAGAAAAAUGUAGACAUAUUGCGACAUCUCCCGUGUCCGCGCGCUUUGUUUUUGGGGCGCUUGAGUAGCACAUGAUGGACGGAUUGACAUAAUUUGUCAAACCAACCGACACCCUCUGACACGGGGAAAAAAAAAAAAAAAACACUCGGAAAAAAUUGACAUGUAUAUACAGUUUCAUUGCAAAUCAGUAUUAUGGUGAUCAUACUAAAUAUUAUUUUUUUUCUGUGCACAUAUGAGGUACAUAUCGCUGCCAUGAAGCCUCCAUAUAGUGACAGUUCUCUGCCCGCUUCACUGCCGUCACGCGACCGCAGCUCAGGUUUUGCUUGCCUCGUAGGUACGCGUGUUUUAAAUUACUGUAAAUUUGAUAGUAUAUCGUCAUAGGCACAGUCCCGAGUCUGUUGAGAAAAGUAGAACACUAAACCAUGCUCGCUAAAUUUGUGUGGUGUUUUUGUCUUUUUGAGCAGCAUUUGAUAGGCUCCACGUUAACAAAUAUGUGACAAAGUCGUUUCCUUUCAUUUUAUGACUCGUUCACCGCAUAGUCAUUACUGGAAAGUCAAGUUAGCAGCAAGCUAGGUCAGGAACCGGAGGACCGAAUCACUGAACGGGAAGUGACAAAACUCAGUCUUUCCCCCCUGCCUGCACGCUGGCUGCUUAUUGGCCACACGUGGAAAUGAGUGACAUACGCCAUGAUUCUGUUUCCGCUCCCUCCCCUGCCCGCGAUGAGGCUGGCGUCUGAUUGGUCGUGUGCGAUGUCAGAAGACGCUGCCGCUUGCUCAACGCCCUCCCACGCAGCGAACAAGCGCCACCAACUUCAUAGAACGAAUCAGUGCAGAUGGUGAUUAGUUCGGUCUCGUUCACCCAAACAAUUCGUUCAAAAAGAACGAAUCGUUCGCGACCGAUACAACACUAGUUUAUACCCCAUGGCAUAUGGAGAAAAGUGGUCGCCGAUGGAGUAGUUGGAGCCGUUUAGCUCUCUGCCCCUCGACUUUAUCUUGGAGUCAACGGCUUUAACCUUAACAGGACGGGGCCGUGUUGGUCACUUUUAGCCCUCCAUUCGGAUUUUUCGAUCAUAUUUACUGCAUAUUUUUGGACUCUAGUGAUGUUAAGUAUUGAUGGAACUUCCAAACGCUUCAACAUUCCACGCUGAAGUUUUAGCAUCUGAACGUUUCUACUUCCGGUUCACUUAACGCAACAUUUGUUUACCCAUCCGGGACUUGCUGUUCUUUCGUGUUCACGUCUCCUAAUCAAAUGAGCUCCUUCAAAACAUUCUCAUCGGUGUCCCACAGGCCUCACUGUAGAAGAUCUUCACCCUGAAAAGCACGAUCCCCUCCACAUUAAACAGAAGCAAGAGUCCGACAUGCCGUGUAUCAAACAGGAGGCGGCACCAAAGACCCUCGACAUUAAAGAAGAAGAACAGCAAGUUGAAAUCCCCAAUGGGUUUCCAAUGGUUGUCAGUGUAAAAAGCGAAGAAGACGAAGGUCCGAGCGGAGCAGCGAAAUCUUCGAGCGACAGCUCAUUUCAGCCCCUGACAUCAAAAGGAGAGGGACGAUCGCAACCGGACGGCCUCUUAGCUCCGCUUUCGGACCGCAACGAUGUAACGUCUUACUCUUCUGACUUUAACAUUGAUGAGGAGGAGGACGACAUUGACCAAAAUGCUUCAAAAUCCUUAAACAAGUCAUCAUUGAAAAAAGACAGUCAAGAAUGUGCGUGUCCCACAGAGACUAUAGAAGAUCUUCAUCCUGAGAAGCACGAUCCCCUCCACGUUAAACAGAAGGAGGAGUCCGACAUGCAGUGGAUCAAACAGGAGAAGAAGCCAGAGAUCCCAGACAUUAAAGAAGAAAAACAGGAAUUUGAAAUCCUCAAGUUUCCUAUUGGUGUUAGUGUAAAGAGCGAAGAAGACGAAGGUCCAGGCGAUGAGAGCGGAGCAACGAAACCUUCUAGCGACAGAUCAUUUCAGCACGUGACAACAAAAGGAGAGGGACAAUCGCAACUGGACGGCCUCUUAGCUCCGCUUUCGGACGGCGACGACAUAAUGUCACACUCUUCUGACUUUAACACUGAUGAGGAGGAUGAUGAGCUUGACCAAAAUGCUUCAAAAUCUUUAAACAAGUCCUCAUUGAAAAAAGACAGUCAAGAAUGCGCGGUGAGGAAAGCUUUUCCCUGCUCACUUUGUGAUAAAACAUUUUCUUGGAGAUGCAACUUAAAGGCACACCUGCGUACACACACCGGGGAGAAGCCUUUUGUAUGCACGUGUUGUGGUAAACGAUUCACUCAGAAGGGACAUUUAGUAUCGCACACAAGAAACCACACUGGAGAGAAGCCUUAUGCCUGCACACUUUGUGGUAAAAGAUUCACCGAGAAGGGAGGUUUAAACAGACACACAAGCACACACGCUGAAGAGAGGCCUUACGCCUGCACACUUUGUGAUAAAAAAUACUUCACAAAGGCCAAUUUAAACAUUCACACAAGAACACACACUGGAGAAAAGCCUUUUGCCUGCACACUUUGUGGUAAAAAAUUCACCGAGAAGGGCGGUUUAAACAAACACACAAGCACACACACUGAAGAGAAGCCUUAUGCCUGCACACUUUGUGAUAAAAAAUACUUCACGAAGGCAAAUUUAAACAUUCACACAAGAACACACACUGGAGAAAAGCCUUUUGCCUGCACACUUUGUGGUAAAAAAUUCAUCGACAAGGGAGGUUUAAGCAAACACACAAACACACACACCGGAGAGAAACCUUAUGCCUGCACACUUUGCGAGAAAAGAUUUAUUCAGAAGACUGAUUUACAACAGCAUAUACGUACACACACUGGAGAAAAGCCUUUCGCCUGCACACUUUGCGAUAAAAGAUUUUCUCGGAAGACUAAUGUAGAAAUACAUAAGAGCAAACACACUGGAGAAAGGCCUUUUGCAUGCUCACUUUGUGGUAAAACAUUCACUCAGAAGGGACAUUUAGUGUGGCACACAAGAAACCACGCUGGAGAAAAGAAGCCUUUUGCCUGCACACUUUGUGGUAAAAGAUUCGCUCAGAAAGGAAAUUUAGUAACGCAUGCAAGAAGCCACACUGAGUAAAAACCUUUGAAUUCUGGCAUGUUACAAAAUACUGUAUUAGCCCGAAUAUAAGACGGUGUUUUUUUGCAAUAAAAUAAGACUGAAAAAGUGGGAGUCGUCUUACAUUCGGGCUCUAGACAUUGUACCCAUUCACGACGCUAGAUGGCGCCAGAUUAUCAUUGAAGCGAUGUUCUGUCACGACAGAUCUCAGCUACUCUCAAGUUUAACCAGUUUGCAUUAUUGUAUUGCAAUGUUUUUCCUUAUUCAGAAUUGUUUCAAGACUACAGUUACAGUUAGACUUAACUUUGAUGGUUAAUGCAGUCAUUGAAAUUUUGUUGUUUUAUCACAAUAGACUGGUUUAUUUACAUUUCAAAAACCAGAAGCCAUUCAUUUACGAAUGUGAUUGCACUUAAGUUUACAUAUUUAAAUGUUCAGAUAUUAAGAUUUGAAUGAGGCAAAAUAACAUGCUUUUUCUCUCAAAUAUAUUGUUAUAAUCAUUUGUUUCAGAUGUACUGUAAUUAUUUUCUGUAUAAAAAUAAUUUUGUGUUUAAAAAGUUUUUUCAAACUUGAGUCUUGAAAAAGAGGGGGUCGUCUUAUAAUCAGGGCCAUUACGGUAUUCUAAUUCCUGCAUUUACAGUGGAAAAAGCAUUUCAAUUUCAUAAUUCAGUUUCCCUUGAGCCUCUUUCGAAAAGUUGUUGAAAUGAUUUUUCAGCUGCUGUUCUUUUUCACAACUAUUUAAUAUAUAUGGCGGAAAACAGACACAAGGCUGAAAAAGUAGUUUCUGCUCUUACACCCGUCUUUCCAAUAAACUGCAGUAUUUUAAGCCAAAACAACUGUUGUGUUUGAUAGAACAAUAUGUCUAUAUGCUGC